AUGAUUCAAAGAAAACGAAUUUUACAACAAAGUGGAAUAUUCCUCAAACAGAACCCAGGUGAAGCUCAUCUCACAAUUGAUGAACUGUGUGAAAUGGCUGCCAGUAACAAUACUAAUGUAUUUAUGUCUAAUGUAUCGAGAUAUAUUGGCAAUAUUGCAGGUACUAAUGCUUAUUGGAAUAGAGUAAGAGAGGAACUCAAAGCUAUCAUAACUAGUGUGGGAGCACCAACAUUAUUUUUCACUUUCUCCUCUGCAGAUAUGCAUUGGCCUGAGUUACAUGCUUUAUUUAAAGCUGAUACUGACAAUGAGUUAGAUAACUCUACCAGUAUACGACGACAAAAUGUGAUCAACAAUCCCCAUGUUGUGGAUUGGUUUUUCACACAAAGAUUAGAAAGCUUUGUAAAACACUGGCUUUAUGAUGCACUUGGUGCAAAAUGGCACUGGUUUCGAUACGAAUAUCAAGGUAGAGGUAGUAUCCAUUGUCAUGGUACUGCUAAACUAAAUAAUGACCCAGGCUUGUGCCAACUUACUUAGACUGCUUUGAAAGGUUUCUCAGCUCAAAAAUUUAAAGAUGAAAAUGAUUGUUCUGACACAACUGAACUAGACAAGGAUAUUGAAGCAGGUAAGAAAGCAGCUGACACAGUAUGUCAGUAUGUUGAUUGGUUGUUAUCAACCGUCAAUGACAUGUAUGAUCCUAAUGAUUAA